AUGUCAGAAGAUCAGUGCACCAUUUGCUUUGAACGGCUAGGAAGCGACAAAAUCGCAGCGUUACCUUGUCGACAUGUAUACCACCAUAGCUGCAUCUUGCAUUGGAUGAGAACGAGUCGCAAUGGUAUCAUGCCGUGUCCCAUUUGCAAGCAUGCAACGAAUCGCCAUGGCAUUGUGGGUCCUCUCUAUAUCGAGUGUAUUCGCAUUGAACGCAAAAAGAACAAUAGCCGCGAUCAACCUAUUGUUAUUGACGACAACGGCAACAGCAGAGAUAAUACAACAAGUGGCACUACGACGACAACAACAUCAUCUUCUGACAGCGAUAACACUACAUCGAAUGCCGAGUUGGAGAGUUUACGUGCGCGUCUACACCAAGCUGAAGAAAAAGCAUCACAACUAGCAUCCAGAAAUAUGCAACUGGAGGAUCGGAACAGGAACCUUUUACGCAUUAAAAAAGUCGCUGAUCUCGAUGUCAACAUGGGAUGGAGUGGAUCAAGUUCUCAAAUGGAUCAAAUGCGUGGGUUACCGCAUGAUGAAUUGAUCGUCGCUUUCGAAGCUCUUCGGGCCCGUUGUUCAAAGACUGAAAUGCAUGCAAGGAGCCUUGAAGACAUUGCCCGCUUGGCUCAGCAAAGGUAUCAAAACUUGGUGUCAGAAAAAGAGUUCUUUGAGAGGAAAUUCAACUCCUUGACCAAAAAAGUGGAAAGAAUACGAAAGGAGAAACGGCGGCAAGCUGAGAGCGCAAAUCAUGGAGAUCGAAGUAACAGUCAUCAACGAGGGGGGCCUAAUGCGCCUGUCAUUUUAUAUCGUCAUACCGAGAUCACAGCAUCGCCUUCAGGGAAUUCAGGAUUACCCAUGGGCCAAGAGCAGGGUUCUUUGUCCGAUAAUGAUGAUUCUUCAGAAACAAACGAUGAGAUGGAUCCGGUGUCAUCAAAAAAGAGUGGAAAACGUCCCAUGGUCCCGAAAAAACGUCGUUUACAAGAUUAUCUACAUCGAUCUCCAUCAUCAAAUCACGAUACCACGUCCAAAGAGCCUGCUGAUACUACGCCACUUGUUUGGGAUAAUGGAUUAUCGGAUACCGAGGAUUAUGGUCUGACAGUGGUGGAACCAAGAAGUACAAGUCGGUGCAGAGAGCCUCCAAGCAAUAUGCAUCUAUUUUCAAGCACAAAUUCUGUUACGAAUGGGCAUCGUGGUCACGUGAUAGACCUUACUGAUGAUUAG